CGUUAGACUAUUGAGGUUUUGCAACUAAUCCUCUUGAGUUACAUAAAAACCCUUUAAAUUAACAAAUUGUUGCAUUUAACCCCAGCAGUUUAACAAGAGGGUGCUGAAAAAGCCAAAAGACAACAUUACCCCUCUCUCAACUCAAUUCUUUUUUUUCUUUUCUUCGUCAAAUCAGAGAGAUUGGAGUCUAUUACAAAUGUCCUAGUACAGGGAAAUGGCGGUGAGGGGCUGAAUGCAGACGAAUCCGACUUGAUGCUUGAAGUCAUCGAAGGCGUUGAUGAUGUCGGACUGGGCUUGAGCAAUUGGGCGGGGUGGCCGGAUUUACAAGUGUUGUGGACGAUGAGAAUGGUAGAGGCGCGGCCGGUGAGUUCGACGAGGUGGAGGAAGUAGAUGCAGAUUGGGGAUUUCUUGGUGGGAUGAGAGGCAUCGAUGAGGUUAAUGAUGGUGGGGACAUUUCGAGAGGUUUGGACACAGACUAGGAUUCAAAGCUCAAUGUCUGGUUUGGAUCUUUGAAUUGUUCUACGUUUGUGUAGUACAAAUCUUUUGGCUUGUCUGUAGAUUGUGGUUACAAUGGGUGUAAUUAUUCUGAUCAUGACCAUGGGUACAAUCACCAAAUUUACAAAUGAUUCACCAUCUACAUAUUUCAAUGCUGUGGUCGGCUGUGAUGAGGACUGCGGUGGGCAAGGUAGCGAGGACGGAACUGAUGGCGGUUCGCGGCGGCGUAACUGGCGCAGCGGUGGGCUACGGGCUCGGCUGCGGCCGCUCAGAUGGUGGGGAGCUCAGCUGUGGCCGGGGAGCAAGGGGGCUUCGGACGGCAGCCGGCGAGCAAGAGAAGACACAGUUAUCUCUAUUAAUAUCGGCGAGCUUCAUACUACAGCAACAAUUCACCUACCACCACUCUCACCACUGCUCUCAGCAACAGCUUCAUACUACAGCCGCCGCCACCCUCAUCGACGCCGCCAUACCCAAUUUCCCAACCUCCGCCUGUCACCUAAUUUAAGACAACCCAAGAAAAAAACCACACCUUCAAUUUCACCAACCACCACUCACCACUGCCCUCGAUUUCACCCACCACCAGUCUCACCACUGCCCUCCAUCUCUCGCUCUUCUUUUUCUCUCAAGUGUCACGCGCUCAGACGCCUUCUCUCUCUCCUUUCUCUCUCAAGAGUCGAGAUCCGUCUCCUUCUUCCUCAUCCAUUAUCGCAGUUGUGGAAGGGCAUUAUUGUCCAAAAAAACUCAGUUUGUCCAUCACGUGAUUCUGACACGCUCAUUUUUGGACGGUCGGUGGUCGGAUGAAAUGAUUUACAACAAAUUUGUAUACUUCAGGGGUUUUUUUGCAAUUUUAAUAGUUUAGGGGUUAGUUGCAUAUUUUCCAAUAGUCCAAGGGGUUUUUUUGGCACUUUUUCCUAAA